UAAAAAUGAGCCGCAAUGGACUCGGAGGGGAUUCAGCCCGUAGGAGCUCCGGUGAGCAGCAUACCGGCCCCGCCGCGGAUACCCCCCCCCGCCCUCCAGGACGGUUACCGGCGCUCGGUCCCGCCAUGUGAACCGGAAACGGGAGUUUCUGCCUCAUUCUGGGAGCUGCUUUCGUCCCGACUCGACGCCUCGGACCGUGUUGAAGGCUCGUCUUCGCACCUGCUGCUCCCGCCUGACCUGCGCACAUCCGCCCUUCCUUCCUCAGUGAUGUUCUUGGCACGCGCGGCGCUCCUCACCUUCUCCUGCUGGUUGGCGCCUCACUUCUUCUGUUACCUGCCUCAGGUGUGCGCGCAGAAGCCCGGCAGCUCGCGGUGGCUCAUUGGGGACAGAGACGGUCACUGUGGGGUCGUCUGCUCGCGGACGCAGGGGAAGCCCGUCUGCGGGUCUGAUGGGCGGAGCUACGAGACGGGCUGCGAGCUGCAGAGGGCGCGCUGCAAGGACAAGACCCUCACUCUGGCUCAUCGAGGCCGCUGUCGAGGCAGAAACAAGCCGAAGGCGGAGCUGCUGCCGGCGCCUCCGGCGGCCACGUCCACGCCUGAAGCCGCGGGCCAGGAGCUCAAAGAUGUAGGCCUGUCGAAGUGCCGCGCCGACAGGAGGCAGGCUCUGGAGCAGACCAGGAAGCCUCAGGACUUCAUCCCGGAGUGCAACGAGGACGGAUCCUUCGCUCAGGUCCAGUGUCACACCCUGACCGGAUACUGCUGGUGUGCCACCAGUGAAGGGAAGCCUGUGGGCGGCUCCACUGUGCGGAACAGGACACCUGUCUGUUCAGGAAACACCGGUGAAAAUAUGGGAACUCAUGCGGGGACGAGUGGAUUGUCAGGGUCAGUAACCGACAAACCACCGGGGCCGGCAAACUCCGGUCGAAAAGUCUCCUUCCGUUUCUUUCUCACUCUGAACCCAGACGAUGGCUCCAAGCCCACACCCACCAUGGAGACCCACACCCCCCCGGAGGGCGACGAGAUUACACCGUCAACGCUGUGGGAGAAGCAUUUUAAUGAAAAGUAUUUCAGGCCGAACAACUCCACCUCCAGAAAGCAAGAUAAGGUUCCCUCCUGUGACCAGGAGAGGCAGAGCGCUCUGAGCGACGCUCGGCACAUCUCCGAGCAGGACGCCUUCAUCCCGGACUGCGGUUCCGGAGGCCUCUACCGGCCCGUGCAGUGCCACCAGUCCACCGGCUACUGCUGGUGUGUUCUGGAGGAGACAGGACGGCCCAUAGCUGGAUCCGCCACAAGGUACAGGAUGCCCGACUGUGACGGAGCGCGGGUCACCGAGGACCCCUUCGCUGCGACAGACCUGCCAGGCUGCCCAGAGGGGAAGAAAGCGGAAUUCAUUACCAGCUUGUUAGAUGCCCUCACCACAGACAUGGUGCAGGCCAUGAACUCACCAGCCCCCUCUGGUGGUGGGAGGUUCGUUGAGCCCGACCCCAGCCACACCCUGGAGGAGCGGGUGGUGCAGUGGUACUUUGACCAGCUGGACAACAACGGCAGUCAAGACGUCAACAAGAAGGAACUCAAACCGUUCAAGAGGUACCUGAAGAAGAAGGCCAAGCCGAAGAGGUGCGCCCGCAAGUUCACCGACUACUGUGACCGGAACAAGGACCGGGCCAUCUCGCUGCAGGAGCUGAAGGGCUGCCUGGGCGUCGGCAAGGAGGGAAGCUCAACCACAGUCGGGAACAAAGGGACCAGGCAGGGGACAAACGUCUUCUUAGGUCGCCUGGUGUGAAGGACGGGAAAGACCAGAGCGGGACGCCGACCGACGCCUGCUGGGCGAAGACGGACAGAGGAACCCGGAGGUCAAGGGGGACGCGGAAAAAACGAGAAGCGGCACCAAAACAUUUGCACUUUUUCCUCCCUGUGUUUGACAUUUGACUUGUUUUUGUGUGUUUUCUGUAAAAAAAAGAAAGAGAAAAUAAUCCCCGCUGGAGCAUUUGAAAGAAUUGAACCUGCAUGUCCAGUCGGUCUGCUGUGAGGGUUUUCCUUUUGCAAAAGCAGCAGGAAAAGCAGCUGCAGCCAUUAAAAGACAAAAGUAUUCUUCAAAAACCAAUCGGAUAAAGUUCCAUCCAAAUCGGUAUGUUUGCUUAAAUAAACCAUCUCCAGAAAGUUAAGUGACAAAUGUAAUGUUUUUAUGAAAACUGCACCGAUUUCCUGCAGCAGGGUGGUUGUUCAUCCAAUAACCACUAGGGGGCUUUUCACACAAAAACAUGUUUUAAAUGUCUGCUUUCAAAAGGUUUUCCAAGGAUGUGUUGGUGGCCUUUUCCCUUCCUCUGGGGCUUUUCUAACGACCCUCAGGGGCAGUUUUCUGCAUCACUGCUCAUGUUUGGUGGUCAUGGCUGACCAGGAUGAAGGCACAUAAUCCAGAUUUAAGGAGUAUUUUUCCAGGUGGCUGAGGUGGUUGGAGCUUCACCGUCUGGAACCAGAUCUCGUCUCCGCCGCUGGUGGAACUCACAUUCUGGUUUUACCAGGAUUUAUGUAGAGACCCAAAACCGACCGAGAAGCCUGUAAAAACUAACAUUUAGAGAGUCAAUCCCCCAUGGACGCAGUAACCGUGUUGGUGCUUCCUCAGUGUUCCAAACUUGAGCCGUCGGAGGAUCCACUCUGUCUCCAUCCGACACGCAGACGGACGUUUUCUGACCGUAAACCUGAACCGCGGCACCUAUACGAGAAGAGGCGGAGCUAGAUUUGAGUUUCUGUUGCUAAGCAACAAAAUGAAAGUUCGUCACGUUUGUCAGGACUUUGGCUGCAGCAGGUGAUAAUGAAAAGCCUGAAAUGUUAUAAUCUACAUGUAAUCUGGUUAAUCCCUGCACAAAGGAAAUGUCUGAGGCUUCAAAUGCUUCACCGAGGAUUUUAAAAACAUGCUGUUGAUGUUUGAAUGUUUUCCAUUUUGAAACAUGAGACAAAAAAAGGCUUCUGAUGUAAAUCUGUGGAAUUGGCUGUGGUGUAGCGUCUCUGUUGGACUGAAUGUUGUGGUGGGAGAACUUCCAUCCUGUAAAAACAUACGUCACUGUAGAUCCAGAUCGGACUGUUCCACCUUCUCUGUCUUCAUGGGGGUCCACCCUCCAGCCAGUCCAGCAUUUCUGUGGAGUCUCCUGCUUCAGUCCGGCUUUGGUGGGGCUCUGGAUCUGGAUCCGGAUCCGGGGGCGGCUCUGGAUCUGGAUCCGGAUCCGGGGGCGGCUCUGGAUCUGGAUCUGGAUCCGGGGCGGCUCCGGAUCGUCUGCUGAAGUUUGCCGUCAGAACAAACCAGCAGAAGGGGGGGCUGGACACCAUGAAGGAGGGGCUACAGAUCCCUCCUGCACUUCAACAAAUCCUGUUUUUUAAAGUUUAUUCGACGGUAAAGAAAACAAAAUAAACGAGUUGAUGUAAAA